CCCCAUUCGAUCUAUCACUCUUUCUCUACCCCCAUCCUUAUUCAUAUACGUCCAUCUACUAUCCUACAUCUCGCCCUAUCAUCACUAUCAAAUAUUCACCACAGAUGUCUAACAAAGUCACCAUGCCAGACCUAUCAGAAGAAUCCAGUUUCUACGGUUCGGAAGAAGAGACAACACGUCUAGAAGAAGAAGUGUCCAAAUUCGACACAGACCACUACUGGACAGACAUCCAUCCUCAUGAGUACAAUACCAUCAAGCAAAACGUCCUUGCAGCCCGAGGAACCAUGCCCUCAUCGUCAUCCCCAGCCCCAGAGGCAGAUGCAUCAGAUGCACCCGAGCCCAUGGACCUCACAACUUCACACCUCUCCAGCGAACCCCCAUCAACCCCAAUUCCCACCCACGACUUCGACGUCCCCAUCUCAAGCACAGACACAACCCCAAUCAGACACAACCGCCCCUCACCCAACGAACCCAUCUCAUCUUUCCUCGCCCGUCUACGCCCAUCAUCUACCCUCUCCACAUCCCCAACGGGGUCCUGGAUCUAUACCACUAGUUAUAGCUAUGAGCAGCCGCAAGCAGAUAUCAAGAAGCUAGUGGCAGAAGGGACGAAGGCACUCCAUGCUCAUGAAGAGGCAAUCGCUCAGGUGCGCGCCGAACACGCUAAGAAGCCAAAGAAGACGCAGACACCUGCUGCGCUGACGCGCGAACUCACCAAGCACCGUGUGGAUUUGGAAAGGGAGAUCUUCGCUUUGGCUAAGAAGACCAACGUGGUGUCCGGUAAAUGGUUGCUUUUCGUCUCUGCGGAGAAGGUGGAUGAGGUGUGGGGGGUAGUCGCGGAGGCUACGGCGAAGGGGGAGUUGGGGUUCGGGGCGAAGGUAGCUACCGCUGCUGCUGCUGCUGUUGCUGGUGGUGAAGGGGGUUCAAACAAGACGAGGUUGAUUUGUAUCUAUACGAAGGACUAUGAGGAUAGAGCUGAUGUGGAGAGGGUUUUGAGGAAGAUGGCGGCUUGGGAGUUGGUGGAUUUGGAUGGUCGGCCGAUUUAUUAUAAGUGUGAUGCGUAUACGCAUUUGGAUAUCAAGGGGGGGAAUGUGUGGGGGUUGAGGGCGAGUAUGUACUCCAGUCGGGAUUUUGGGAAGAAGUAGAUUGUGAUAUUCUGGGGUUGGGUUUGGUGUCUUGGACAUUUGAUCUGUGCUUGGAUAUGAUGUGAUGUGAACCGUGGUAUGUAUGCAUGUUGUGGGUAUAUGGUUUCAUUAAUCUAUAUUGCUUUCUCAAUGACUUGCAGACGACAAGUGGUAGCUCAGAGACCGGCUCGAGCUGCGUAACUGUCCUGAUGAAUGAUACAAAUGUCUGGAG